CGCAAAUAGAAAAAAGAUAAAAGAUAUUAUUUGAUAGACCGCAGCUCGAUCGUAGAUUACACUAAAAUUUUCAGUGGUUUUAGAAAUGUCGAUUAAACUUAAAUAAUAAAUAUAAUAAGAAGAGAUGUUUUAGCAGUUGCCUCAUAAAGAAUAAUGCUCUACAAAUUGUGAUUCCCUAAGAUGUUCACUAAAAACAGCUUUUCCGACUCGCUUGUCAGUUGUCAGCCAUAGCAACUAGCCCAUUCCUUUGUGAACUCUAAACCCAUAUAUUUUAUGUUAAUUUGUGUUACUCCUCCGGUUUUUGUUUCUCCUCUUUGAGCAAGAUUCAUUUUGUUAACAUGAAGUUUCGAAGAUAACUCUUUGUGUUUACUAUAUGUAUUUUAAAACUUUACAUGGUUUAGUUCGCUUGUAACCUCAAUGUAGCGGAAGUGACCAUAAGUACUUACCUGCUGAUUUUUGUGUAUUUAUGAAUGUAAAUAGUCUUAUUAAAUUUUGUACGUUCGUAUUUCUCAAGUGUGUAUUAUAGCGCUAUAAUGGUAGAAAUAGGCGUUCCGCAGCAAUCGGCAGAAGAUAGUUUAGAAAACGCCGAAUGGUAUUGGGGUGAUAUUACACGGGAUGAGGUCAAUGAAAAACUUCGUGAUACAUGUGAUGGAACCUUUCUAGUCCGCAAUGCCUCAAACAAAGACAGCGGAUACACAUUAACAGUUAGGAAAGGAGGCACGAACAAAUUAAUAAAAAUAUACAACCAAAAUGGACGUUAUGGAUUUUGUGAGCCUUUUGAGUUCCACUCUAUUGUUGAUCUUGUUAGAUUUUACACAGAGUACUCACUGGCACACUGCAAUAGUAGCCUUGACAUUAAACUUAUGUACCCCCUGUCUAGACAUCUAGAAAAUGAGGGAGGGGAAAAUAUCAAUGAUGAAACUCUAGAAACCAGAUAUAAGGAGGUUCAUAAAGAAUUUGUGUUAAAAACCAGAGACUAUGAUGAACGCUCAGAUAAAUAUAUGAGGCUAAGAGAAGAGGUAAAACUUAUGAGGCAAGCCCUUGAAAGUUUUAAUGAAACUAUAAUAGUAUGUGAUAAACACAUCAAAACACAAAUUGAGAUGCAGACAAAAGCUCAGCCUCAUGAAAAAAAUGAUCUAAUAGAAAACAAUAGGCUUCUUAUGAUACAAGUCAACAAUUUUAAACAAGCAAUAGUGCAUUUGGAUCAUAGAUUGAAAAGGACAGUUGAGUCUAAUCUUUUACUUGAAAGAGAAAUUACAAAACUGAAAUCAGAAAUUAUUUAUCUUUACACAGUAAAAAACCGUUACAAAGGAUGGCUACAAAGACGUAGCAAGACAGAAGAAUACCUGCAGGCCUUAGAAGAUGACAAUAUACAUAAACUUGAGGAACUGUAUGCACAUCGUGAAUCUAAAACGUGGAUGGUUGAAGACUGUUCCCGCACCAGAGCUGAGGAACUUUUAGAAGGGAAACCACAAGGCACAUUUUUGAUUCGACCCAACUCUACGGGUCAACGUGCUCUGUCAAUUUGUUGUAAUAAUAUGGUAUAUCAUUGUAUAAUUUUCAAGACUGAAAGAGGUUAUGGGUUUGCAGAACCUUAUAAUAUUUACAAAACUUUGAAUGAGCUUGUAUUACAUUAUGCUGUGAACUCAUUGGAAGAGCACAAUGAACAAUUAAGAACCGCCCUGAAGUAUCCUGUUAAUGCACAUUUAAUAAAAAAACCAGACAAGAAAGUUCAUGAAACCCAACAAACUGAUGUCCGUCAAGAAUACCACCACGAGUCACAGUUACAUCGGAACACAGGCAAGGACAACACAAUACACACCCAUAAUAAUGUUUGAUGGGCUUGGCCUAAGAGUAUACUAGUCAUUUUUGUAUGAAAAAGGCUAGAAUUGGAUUUCAAAGUCAUAAUAAUUGGCACAAAUCAAUAUUGAUUCUUCCAGUGAAGCUCUUUAGGAUUGCAAUCAAAUUGCAAUAAACGUGAGUUCACAUAGAUAGUGUAUUUGUGUCUUCAACAAUAUGUGAUAUUUUUUUGGUAAAGUUAUGUAAAACUCUCUGCCAUGAUCUGUACUCCUUAAUGUGUUUUUUAAUCCUUGAAAUUUUUUUAAUUGUACAGCCACUUUUAAAUAACAUUUUUUAUACAUUUUUAUGGAAAUUCGGAAGUUUACCGUGGUAAAAUAUUCUUACAGAAUAAUAGGAUUUAUGUAAAAUACAAAACCCAACUUAAUUUAGCGAUUGUGCUACUGCCCUGUUCAUUAUUAUUUUGAAAGAUUUUCUGGUGUUUGGGGAGUUGAUUUCUCCAGCUCUAAAGAACCUCAACUAGAUUUAUAAGAGUACUCUGGAUGCCCCUGAAUUCACAAUAGCAUUGUUGUAAUUGGUGGACCUAAUAAAAGCCAAUGAAACAUGAGUACAUAAAUGUUGAAUCUCCUUUUUUAUGUCAGUUAAAAAGAGAAAGGCCAUAAUUGUCCAUAUGUAUCUGUAGGCAUUCCUAUAUAUAUAAAAGUAUCUGUACUUCAUUGCAGAUGCAUGACACAAAUUAUUAUAUUGUAGAAGUAAGAACUGAUUAGAGUUUGUUCCCAUAUAUUGGUUUCUGGGCCACAGGAGCUUUGAAAAUGAUACUAGUGUUUAAAGAUUAUUCGGUCAGCCUGAAGUUAUAGAUAUUUGUGCAUAUUACAUUGUCAAGAUUUAAUUCGUAGAAACUGUAUUUGCAGUUCAGAUUACACAUACAGUAGCUAAAAUUGGAAGGUCUUAAGAUAGUAAUACAGUUUCCCCAAGGAACUUUUAAAAGAAUAAAACUCCUGUUGGACUGGUCAAUAAUUUAGUGAUAUGCGUCAAACCAUUUAAUAUUGUUUUAUGAGUGGCGCGGUCAAUAAAUAGCAUAGAACUUA